AUGCCCGUCUUCGGAGAACCCUCAGUCGAUGACCUCUCCAGUGAUCCGACUCAACGGACACGAUGGAGCUACACCAGCUCCUCUGAUCCGCCGCUGCCCGAUGAAGAUGCCACUCAGCCAUUCUGCCCUCGUCAUGCUGUCACUAUCGCUCGUCUAUACAAGAACUUCUUUGGGCCUCUACCAAUGAACUCAUCCUCGACAACUCCGCAUCGCGAUUGGCAUUUUGGCAACCUCGAUUAUGUCCUGUCUCGGCGGGACUGGUGCCGAGCUUGCAGCCUCAUCGCAAAUGUCAUUCUUGAAGACCCCUCAAACUCCCUCUUGGAACGCCAGAAUGCAGAAAUUAUUGCUUGCUGGAUAUGGGACGGGGUGCUUGAGGGCAGCAGCAGUGACAUGGGAACGCUGCGUCUAAGGAUCGCCCCGGAAAUGGUUGGCUGGGAGAGUCUCUUUGAGCCAUUCGAUCUCGUUCCCUUGGCGAAUGAUGGGGCAGAAAAUACAAUGUUUCUGGGGCGGAAAAUUGAUGAGGCUCGGUUUGAUUUGGAGCUGGUCAAACGCUGGAUCAACAACUGUGCAGAAUGGCAUGGCGACGAAUGUUUGGACUCGACACCAUGGCAGACUCUAGAACUGGGUGUGCCUUUUAUCCGAAUGGUCUCGCUGAGUGAUAGCAAGUUGAUCGAAACCUCCUGUCCGCCGCCCUACGUAGCACUGAGUUACGUAUGGGGCACUGCCCCGGUGUUCAAGACAUCACAGAGCAAUAUAGGAGGCCUGAUGCAGCAGCAAGGCUUGCCGGUGGCGUCUCUUCCCACGUCUAUCCGCGAUGCCAUGACUCUAGCGCAGGAGCUUGGCUUUGAGUAUAUCUGGAUCGACUCGAUAUGCAUUAUCCAAGAUUCCGGAGACGACAAGAUGCAGCAGCUUCGCAUGAUGGACAGCAUCUACACCCGUGCAAGCCUCACCAUAGUUGCCGCAGCCGGCUCUCAUGCCAACGCGGGAAUUCCUGGCCUUCAAGCAGGCACAAGGUCUCGGAAACAGCAUAUAGUGCAGGUAUCUGACGAUCUGUCUCUUGUGGCACUCCAUCCAGACACGCAUCGAAGCGCAGCAGCAACGACGUGGAGCACCAGAGGCUGGACAUAUCAGGAGCUGCUUUUAUCAAAGCGGUGUGUGUACUCCUUUCCAGACGGCUCGGUGAGCUUUCAGUGCUCGAGAGCCGUCUGGGGAGAGGAUUACCAUGCAGAGACGCCGCACUUGAAGCGGUGCGCGCCCAUGCUUGAUAUCUCGCUGAAUCGCAGCUGGAUGUCUCCUGGAAGCGUCAGGGAGAGAGGUGCUCCAACCGUCCACGUAAAGGAUACGCCGUACUUGCAUGAAUAUUCUCGCCUCGUUGGGGAGUACACUGGACGCAACAUGUCCUAUGCGAGUGACCGGCUCGCAGGCAUCAGCGGCGUCCUAGAAGUCCUCCAGCGAGAGUUCAGCCUCUCUUUUCUUCAUGGACUACCAGAGGUCCUCAUCCAUAUGGCUCUUCUUUGGCAGCCGCGGGACAAGCUGAAGCGCGUUCCAAAAGAUGCCAACACUGGCCUGCCGCUGUUCCCCAGCUGGUCGUGGACUGGCUGGACAGGACCAGUGGGCUACGAGGACUGGAAUGUCUUCAACAGCAUGCCCGAGUUAGAAGACCGAGCAAAGAGGCCGGUCAAUACAAGCGGGCAGCCGCCUUGUCUCUGUCUGCGCACCCGCAAAGCAAAGUUUCGACUGACCUACCUUGUCUUGAGCCCCGACUUCAGCAAGGACGACUUUCCCAUCGAAAAACGAGGCCGAUUUGGACUCUCCCCGCCAUCGCCGUCGACGGGGGAUCGACCCUGGCUGGGGACCAUUCUCCUGCCAGUGCAGUAUCUUGCCAAGAUGACGCAGGAUCACGAGUUCAUCAUUCUAUCGGAGAGCUAUGGGUUCAGUCGGCAGGAGGUGGCACCAACGACGGCUGGGCAGAUGAAGCCGUUUGAGGUCUACGACGUGAUGAUGAUUCGGCGGAUUGGGUCAACGAGCACUUGGCUCGAUGGAAAGAGUGUUGUGGAGAGGAUUGGAGUUGGGAGGAUGUUGAAGAGUGCGUGGAGUGAUGAUGGUGCUUGGGAAGAUUUCGUCCUCGUAUAA